AUGUGUUUACUGGUGGGAACGACUGGUGUUGGUAAGACCCUGUUGUUGAAGAGACUUCAAAAUAUCCUUUACAUUUGUACUGAUUGCUUUUUGCAAUCAACAUUAAUUGGAUGUCGUGAACUUUGGUGGACCAUGGAGCUAGCUCCAUGGGUGGACCAAGACACGAAUGGUAUAUGUAGGUCAUCAUUUGGUGGUAUUACUGAGGCACCUGCUACUAUACCAACUAUUGGCACAAACCUUGUGAACGUAAAUGUCGGUAAGAAAAUUGAAUUGACAAUUCGUGAACUGGGAGGAUGUAUGGGACCAAUAUGGCAUAAUUAUUAUAAAGAAGUGUCAUCACUAAUGUUCAUGAUUGAUAUUGGUAAUCCUUGUCAACUGGCCGCAGCGUGUAUACAGUUACUGACAGUGUUGUCACACGAACAGCUUCAUAAUACCACUGUACUCAUACUUCUAAAUAAGAUAGAUUCUCCUUGUGCAAUGAAACGUGUUGAACUUGACUCACUAAUUAGAAUGGAUGAGAUCAUUAAACAUGCCAAACAGCCAAUCACAGUGAUGGAGAUUAGUGCCAGGGAGGGGGAAGGACUGGAUGAAGUUAUCAAAUGGCUUGGUGAUAAUUACAAGCCAUCAACUUGAAGAAUUAGAAUUCUUACUGUUUGGUUUUAUUGAUGUAAUCUUCAGUUGCAAUUACAGUGAAUGGCAGAAACCUAUUAUAUUUUGUUAUAAAUCAAAAUGGCUGAUAGAAUUCAACCAAUCAAAAAAUGGUAUUGUGACAUCGUUAGUUUUAUUUAAUAUUAAUGAGCCAAUUAUCCAAUCAGUAAGUAAUUCAUUUUGAAUA